AUGGUCACCGCGUUCCAGGUUUCGGAGACCUUGGGCCGCAGCGGGUCGCAUGCCUCCACGGUGUGGACGCGCUGCGAGCGCUUGCUGCGCGAGAAGAGCGACGCUGAGAGAGGGGUCUUGCUGGGAAGCUUGAUGCAUGAGAUCCAGGAGGGCAAGGCGAGGAAGAACAGCAUCGGUGCGGGCACGUCGCGUGUCCGCUCGGUGCUGUUCAAGGCGGUGUGCGAUUGGCUUGCUGUGGCACCCUGCAGCUUGCAACGCCAGGAGAACAUGGUCACGUGGAACACAGUCCAGGUCGACGGAGACCAUUACGUGGUCGAUGUGAUUUUCGAGCCCGGCGCUCUUUACGAGGAAGGAUCAGGCAAAGCUGGCGAAUACCUGCGGCGCUUGGAGAGCGAGGGGGAGGAUGUGCCACGCGGGGCUGUGAGGCCCGGGGCCGCCGCGAUUCCGUCGCUGCAACCGAACCUCGGAGGGCUCAUGCUGCGACCCAGCUGGCACGUGGAGCCCUGGGAGAUCGACUUCGAUCGCCGCGACCGCGCGGGGCGCGGCGGCUUCGGCGAGGUCUUCCAGGGCACCUGGGCGGGGCAGCCGGUGGCGGUCAAGGAGGUGCGAGAUGCCAGCCCCACUGAUGCCGAUGUGUGUGACUUCGUCUUGGAGAUCUCGCUGCUUUCGCGUCUCUCGCACCCGAACAUUGUGCGCUUCUGGCGCGGAUGCGUUGACUUGAGAGGUGGUCAUCGCACCCUUCUGUUGGUCACCGAGUGGAUGGACCGCGGCGUCUUAUCGCAGCUCCUACACGAGUCACAGGAGCCUAGCCUCAGCGUGGCCUCCGCCCAAGUCUUGGCCACGGGCAUCGCCCGCGGGGUGGCCUACUUACACCACGUCAAAAUCUUACACCUCGACCUUAAGUCGCCCAACGUGCCCUGA